CCUAUAUAUACUCUUGUAUACUUCAAAUGUUAAGUGUGAAUAUACAUCAUUCCUUCUCUCAAACUCUACAUGGUAUCACAGCCUUUGAUCCAAAUCAAUUAAUUUUUUUUUCUUUUCUCCUUCGAGCCUCCAGCCAUGGCUUCACCGCCACCAUCCCCUACCACCGACACUACUUCCGGCCACAUCUCUAAUGAUGUUCACGUUCCAAACAGCUCGGAACCUCACAAACCUCUCAUUUCUGUUAAUCUUGGGAAUGUCAUCAAACUUUCUCCCACAAAUUACAUCUCUUGGAAACUACAGAUACAAUCCAUUCUUACCGGUUAUGGUCUCGAUGGUUUCCUGGAUGGUUCUCAUCCGUGUCCCCCUGCCACUAUCAACACCAAUGGUGUCAUUCAUCCCAACCCGGCUCAUGUCUCUUGGAUUCGUCAGGAUAAACUCCUUUUUGGCGCUCUUAUUGGCACCCUCACAUCUUCUGUUGUUUCUCUCAUCACACGUGCCAACACUACCAAGGAUGCAUGGAAUACUCUUUCUUCUGUAUACGCUCAACCCUCCCGAGGUCAUAUCAAACAACUCAAGUCUCAACUCAAAAAAUACUCCAAAGGUUCCAAGACUAUUACCGAAUACAUGCAUUUUAUCAAAAACGCUGCCGAUGAAUUAGCACUUCUUGGUCCGGCUCCUUCAUCUCCAUGGAUUUUUGACAGCGGGGCCACCCAUCAUCCACCAUUUUUGACUCAUUCAGCAACGGUGACAACAAAAUCAAAUUCACUGCUAUACAGGACUACAUCAGAAAAUUGUACCCACCGUCACAACAGGUUAACGGCCCAUCCAGGCGUUGGAUCGAGUUUCAUUGCAUUUGGAGUUGAUUUGAAGAAGUUAGAGUCCGGCAAUCGGCGCUUGAGAGAUAUUCAGGAAGGAUUUGAAGGCAUUCGAGAAAGAUUUGGAAUAUUUGGAGGUCACCGGGAGAUUCACGACGAAAUUCUGAUGAAGAAAGAGCAUUUGGAUCAACCUCGUAGGCAUCCGGUAGCGUUCGGAGCAAGAAAACGAAGGAAAAGUAGAGGAUAAGGUCAGGCACGGUCGUGCCUGGACUUAGGCACGCCGUGCCUGAAGAAAAACGAAACUACGAGUUACUGGAGGCCAGGCACGGUCGUGCCUGGCAGCUAGGCACGCCGUGCCUGGACGCGAAAAAACGGAAUCCUUCCGUAGGCACGGUCGCAGGCACGGUCGUGGCUGGCACCGUGCCUGGCCGCGAUUGAUCCUAAUUCGACCGAAAUUCGUUGUUUUCUAUAAAUAAGGCCUCCAUAACCCCGUUUUGGGGGUUACGAACUUUGGAGAGAGGCCUAGGGACGAGUUUAUCUGCGUUUUUUACGUUGUUUAAUCCAAGAACCUGGGAUUCUUUGUAAGUUCAAUUCUUUAAUUAAUGACAAUUAUUUCUAUUCAUCC